AUGGAUCCAUCGUACAGCAAGGUUCUGAUCGACCAAUGGCUGGUUCCAUUACAACGAGCCUCCUCGUUCAUGACCCACCAGGACCCGAACAUGAUGGCGAAGUUCAGCCCCCUGGAGCGGACGGAGGAGGAAAGGCGGCAUCUGCCGGAUGGGGCGGGACUCCGCGUCCUACGUGUUUGGCGGCCUGAUGAUGGGGAGAGUGGGUGUGUUGCUGAGGCGGGGGCGAGUUAG